AUGGCUACUCAAGAAGUUCCAACUUUUAAAUUAGUUUUAGUCGGUGAUGGUGGUACUGGUAAAACCACAUUUGUUAAAAGACAUUUAACUGGUGAAUUUGAAAAGAAAUAUAUUGCUACUUUAGGAGUUGAAGUUCAUCCAUUAGGUUUCCAUACUAAUUUUGGGGAAUUGAAAUUCGAUGUUUGGGAUACUGCUGGUCAAGAAAAAUUUGGUGGUUUAAGAGAUGGUUAUUAUAUUAAUGGUAAAUGUGGUAUCAUUAUGUUUGAUGUUACUUCAAGAAUUACUUAUAAAAAUGUUCCAAAUUGGCAUAGAGAUUUAGUUAGAGUUUGUGAAAACAUUCCAAUUGUUUUAUGUGGUAAUAAAGUUGAUGUUAAAGAACGUAAAGUUAAAGCUAAAACUAUUACUUUCCAUAGAAAGAAGAAUUUACAAUAUUAUGAUAUCUCUGCUAAAUCAAAUUAUAAUUUUGAAAAACCUUUCCUUUGGUUAGCAAGAAAAUUAGUUGGUAAUCCUCAAUUAGAAUUCGUUGCUUCUCCAGCUUUAGCUCCACCAGAAGUUCAAGUUGAUGCUGAUUUAAUGCAAAAAUAUCAACAAGAAAUGGAACAAGCUACUGCUUUACCAUUACCAGAUGAAGAUGAUGCUGAUUUAUAA